AUGCCUUUAUUUUUCAUAUUCGACAUCUUUUAUUCCAAUAACAGAUUCUUCCGCAUGAUACUGCUGAGCCUUUAUACAACGGUUCGAAGAUGUAAACAAGGGAUCAACACAAACCAAAGGUGUUCCCCCCCCUCUCUCUCUCUCUCUCUCUCUCUCUCUCUCUCUCUCUCUCUCUCUAUCACCUUACCCCCUCCCGCAGGAUCUCAUCUUGGAGCCCUUCCUUCAAAAGUUGGAAUACCUGAGCUUUCUUUCCAUCUCCCAUUUCCUUCCUAUUAUUUGUCCCCCGGUGUUACUCUGGACCUAGGCGCUGGAAGCCGGGGUUCCUUACUCCUUAUUCUUUACGGCCAUGGCUCCUUUUUUGUCCCUGUAGAGUGGGGUAUAGACAGGGCGCCUAUUUUUUCUCAGUCCUCUUCUGUACCAUCUGCUUCCUUUCCGCGAGGGCAAUUCCGCUGGAUAUGUCUCAAACCUCCACAAGGCCAACACUUCUGCCGGGCCCCAAUUGGCGGAGAAAUGGCCAUUCAUUCCACAUGGGUACUCUCUCCUUCCUCCUCCUUGGGGACCUGGGAUCUUUUCUCUUCGUUCUUCCUUAUUCUUUCCCACAGCCUUUCGCUGUUCUUAGUCAUGUCCAGGGCAUCGUUCACGGAGCUUCCCCCACCCCCCGCCUUUCAGGACGUCGCUCCUAAUCUCUCGUUCCCAGAGGGCCCACUCUAUCUCCCAAUUCGUCUAAACUCUCUCUUUCCUCUUGCCACAGCCAAAGAACUUUCGAAUAUUGUUUCUAUUGCUCACGCGCGUAAUGACGGAAAAGGGCUCCGUUUAGCUCGUCCCAAGUUAGCCCCGUGUUCUCUCGUGGACACUCACACUUACACCCCCAUUGGCGGGCCCGAACGGGACAGCCACUCACCACCCGAAAAUUGUUGUUAUCAGCCACGUUUAAUUCCACUUACCCCUGGGCAACUCUAUCCUGGUCGCCCGGGUAGCUUCGAGACAGCCAAUCGCCAUACGAGAUUUGUCCUUAUUUACCACCCUUUGACUCCCCGACCCUUUGGUCAAUUCCAACCUGGUGGUAUUGCUGCAGAUUUUGGCAGUAAAUUCCAACACAUAUUUCCGGGUAGCCUUUUCGCCAGGACGCGUCUCCAACAAUGGUCUGUUACAAGUCAGCUAAUCCAAUUGGUGUCAAAGGUUACAAUGAAUGACGAAGAAUUCGAAGCUGCUGGUCAGCAAAUGCUCAAAUAUGCGAUUGAUUACCACAAGAAUAUCAGGGAACGUCGGGUCGUGCCUGAUGUGAAACCCGGUUUCAUGCGGCAACUCCUUCCUAAACAUGCCCCGCAUACACCAGAAAAAUGGGACCAAAUAUUCAAAGAUAUCGAAAGUGUUAUUAUGCCAGGGGUAAGUAGAUAUUUAAUCGGUUUAACUUGUAAAGAAUGUUCACCAUGUGUGUAA